AUGGCCCCUCUUUGUUCCCCUCCCCUCGCCCAGCAGAACCGGGCCAUACUCGCUCUCUUGGAAAGAGGUACAGCCCCAUUGCUCAUCUCCCAAUGUGUCGAGACCUUCAAGCACAUGGUGUUCUCCAACAACCUCAAUGGGCUCGCAUACGCGGCGUGGUCUGGUAACCUUCAAUACCUCGCUAUCGUUGCGACGAUUCCUACGGAGGAGCUCCCUGGAAGGGUCCUACAAGUCGUGCACCUUUCAGCCCACCUGUUCGUCGAGCCGCCUCCGAACGGCGUAUACGAACCCGUCGAUGACUCGCGCCCGAGCACUAAGCGCGGACACUCCGAUGAGAUCAGCCCUCAGGCUCAAGCCUCCAAGAAACCUCGUGCUUCACGCAAAGGCAAAGAGCCAGCACAACCAGCCAUUGUACGAAGGGGCUGCCCAGGCAACGGAUGGAAGUGCAAGCCUCAUGAGGGAAGCACCAGGAAAUACUGGGAGUCGAAGACCGGGUUCGAAAAUCACUUCACGGCCAGCCACAUGGAGGAAUGUGCCGAUGGCUUUCGCUGGAAAUGCCCAAUCCACGUCCGCGGCUGUGCUCGUUCGUUCGCGGGCAAUGGGUCUGAUCUCCUCGAUCACCUUUGGAAUCACCACUGGCAGCCAGUAGAGCCUUCCCAGUAG